AUGUCAUCUGUCCCUCCCAGAGACCCACUAGCUUCCACCAACCCAAAUUCCUCUGCCCUGAACCAAAGCCACCUUGUUUCCAGGGCCCCCGAACCUUUAGGGGAUGGGGGCUCGUCGGACUCCCUACGUCAUAGCAAACUUCCUCCACAAAAUGUCUUUCCCACCUACAAACCUGGUGAGUCAAGCCGACAGCUAGCCCAGGCUGCCCUUCAAUAUGGAAGCGAACAUUCCACAGACGGUUUUGGCGAGGGCGAGGUAACGCAGGGUUAUAACCCUGGAUCCUUGGCUUUCGACCCCUCCCUGUCCUCAAGUUUUAGCCUGGGUAACGAAAGCAUCGAAGGUCAAGCCCAAACCCACGACGAUGAACUUGAUGCAGAGGGCUCCGUCCAGGACGAGGGAAGUUUGGACUUCCGCCCUCCCGCUCUUCCGCUUGGAAAAAGAAGAGGCCCAAGUCUUUCACCUACAAGCCAGCAAGAUGCCAAAAAGCCCUGUAGUGAAAGCAGCCGUGCUCGAGAGAUCGCUUCGCAAUUAGAAGCACCACUGCCUCCAGCAAACACGAUCUUAGCAGCAAACCAACAUGCUGCUGCUGCUGCUGCUGCUGGCCCUUCAUCUCAGGGCCCCGGCGUUUACCAUGGUAUCACCCUAUCCCCAGGUGGAUUUCAACCUCAGAGCCAACGACAGCUGUUACAAGCCAAUCUUUCGCAUUGUUUUGCUGUAAUUGGAGAGUUGAAGGAAAGGAACGGGCUCCUUGAAGUUCAGCUUUGCAAUCGAAACGAAGAGUGUAGGCGACUAGUGGCUAUUAUUCGGAAAGUAAAUGGUUACGCCGACGAAGCGAAAGUAUGCAUGAAGAAGGAUGGCGAUGCUAUAAAUCGGAUGAGGGAUGUGUUAAUUAUCACAAAGAAUAAGAUGGAGGGCUGGUUGAAUACACUUGAGCCACUCGUGGUUCGGGAGUCCCCGGCUACCGGAUCCGGAGAAGGGAGUACUUCUACUGGGGGUGAUAUGCCAGUUACUCGUGUCGUCACAGACGUCGCGAAUAUCAUCCACAACUUUGAGAGGACUCUCAUCGAUAUCCAUAGACGGCCCGUGCAUGAGAUUUACGGACAAACCCCGCCCCCGCCGCCGGUUCCACCUCUCUCUCACUCCACGCUUGGCCGCCUCAACAUCAACUAA